AUGAGCAGCGCGGGGCAGCUCAACGACGAUGACGCCGACGUCCUCAGCUCCGGCGGCGGCACAGAGGCAUCGUCAUCCGUCGCCGCCGCAGCAUCCUCGCGCCGCCGCUCGCACCGCAAGUCGCGCGACGGCUGCGUCGAGUGCAAGAAGCGCCACAUCCGCUGCGACGAGUCGCGCCCGGACUGUCUCAACUGCGAGAAGGCGGCCCGGAGGUGCGAGUGGCCGCCGCCCAAGAAGAAGUCGGCCCGCACCAUGAGGAGGGAGGCGCAGAGGCUGCGCAACGAGGCCGCGGCGGCGGCGGCGUCGUCGUCGUUGGAUCCCAGCACGCCGUCGAUGGAUGUGGACAGCCCUAUCGAGGCCCUCAGACAGCAGCGCGAUCGGCAACAGCAACGGGUGUCACAACGACAUCAGCCGACUGACGAGGCCGACGUGGCAUCGCUUCGUCGCUCGCAGAGCCGGAGCGCCGCCCCCUCGGAGCCCCCAUUGCGCGCUCCAUCAUCCCACGAAGAGACGACGGCGCUGCCUGGCCCGUCGCUGCUUGAGCGCGGCGACGACCCGCUCGAAUCCCACGGCCAUGACCGGCCGCUGUUCACGGUCCAGCACCUCCGCUUCCUGCACCAUGCCGGCACCGCCAUGGGCCACGGCGUCAUGGCCCACCCGCACACGGGGCGCAUCCUCGACAUCGCAGUCCGCCGUGCCGUCGACGCCCCCUUCCUCCUCGACGAGGUCCUCGCCCUCUCGGCGCUGCACCUCGCAGCCACGCUUGCCGAUGACAGCAGCAACGGUUCAUCGCCCGGCGAUCACCCCAACAACAACAGCAACUACCACCCGCCUUCACCUACGUACAUCGCCUCGCUGCGCAACCAGUCUACGGAACUCCAGACCAGGGCCCUCGCCAGCUUCACGCGGCAUUCCCUCUCCGUGGACCUCAACGACGCCGAGAGCGCCAUCCCGCGGUUCCUUUUCGCCGCCGUGCUCAGCCUGCACAACCUCGCCGAGACGCUCGAGACGGUCCGCCACCUCCAGUCGUCCGACUUCCACGUCUUCAUCCACAAGCUCGCCGACUGCUUGGGCCUGCACCGCGGCAUCCGCACCGUCAUCAAGCCCGCCUGGAACGACCUCAUAAACUCGGAGCUCGAGCCCCUCCUCAACGUCACCCAGCACGCCAACGAGCGCAUCAUCCGCCGCCGCGAGCACGACGACGCCGGCGGCGAGUGCGCACACCUCCUCGCCCUGCUCGACGCCUCGGACCUGGGCUCCGCCACCGACCGCGCCUGCCGAGACGCCGUCGAGCGCCUCCAGUGGGCCUUUGACCUCUACUCCGACACGGACGCCGACGCGGGCUCCGCCGCCGCGUCUGCCUUCUCCGUGACCGUCUGCGCAGAGUACGUCGACGUCCUGCGGCGCCUCCAGCCAGAAGCGCUCGUCAUCCUCGCCCACUACGGUGUCCUGCUGCACCGCCAUCGCCACCUCUGGCUCUACCGCGACGCCGGCGCCCGCAUGAUAGGCGCCAUCUCGAGACACCUGGGCACAUACUGGCGCGACGCCAUGACCUGGCCGCUCCAGCAGCUCGAGACCGACAGGUGA